GAUCAUUGCUGAUCGAGAAGAAAGAAAGAAAAAAAUAUUGCCACCUUCAAUCUGCAAACCCACCCUGAGCCUUUCGCCAAAUGGAAUCCUGCAACUUCACGGGCGGUUCUGUUCCGUACUUCUGGCUUGUGGGCUUCCCCAGCCUGCAGGACCACCAGUUCCCCCUCUUCUUCAUCUUCCUCGCCUUCUACCUGCUCAUCCUUUCCAGCAACGUCACCAUCAUCGCGGCCGUGGCCACCGACCCCAAGCUCCACAAGCCCAUGUACUUUUUCCUGACCAACCUUUCCAUCUUAGACAUCCUGCUGACCACCAUCACCAUUCCCCAAAUGCUGGCCAUGUUCUCGGUCAACGCCAGGUCCAUCUCCUCCAAGGGCUGCUUCCUGCAGAUGUACUUCUUCCACGGACUGGCAGUGACCGAGACCUUCCUCCUGGUGGUCAUGUCCUACGACCGCUACGAGGCCAUCUGCCACCCCUUGCACUACGCGGUCCGGAUGACCAGGCAGAAGAACGCGCAGCUGGCGGCCGGUGCCUGGUUCUUCGCCCUGCUGGUCCCCAUCCCGCCGGUGGUCCAGUCGUCGCAGCUGACCUUUCGCAAGAGGCCCAGGGUCAACCACUGCUUCUGCGACCACCUGGCGGUGGUCCAGGCUGCCUGCCAAAAUGCCUACACCACUUUCCAGAGUUUUAUGGGCUUCACCAUUUCCAUGACCGUCGCCUUCGGCCCGCUGCUGCUCGUGGUCAUCUCCUACGCCUGCAUCAUGGUCUCGGUCUUGCAGAUCCGGUCCAAAGAAGGGCGCAGGAAGACUUUCUCCACGUGCUUCUCCCACCUGGUGGUGGUCAUCACGUAUUAUUCCUCCAUUGCUCUGGCUUUCCUCUCCUACCGGGUCGAGAUGUCCAGCGACAUUCACAUUCUGAGCGACAUGACUUUUUCUAUUUUAACCCCUUUGGUGAACCCUCUCAUUUACACUCUGAGGAACAGGGACAUUAAGAGGGCGGUGAAGCAGUUGGCUUCCUCCAAAAUCUUCUCCACACAGAAGGAGAGACUCUGUGUAGACCAAGUGGAGAUCAAGGAGAUUUAAAACCGGGUUUUAAUUAAUGUGACUUUUCUAUUAGUGGAGCCCUUUAACUGAAAUUAGAUUUCUGUGUGCCUAAUUACAUUCGCUCCAGGACGUAUUAGUCUUUUUUGACUAAGAGCCACUAAAUUGUUGUAUAUUUUGGAGAUGCGGUUUGUUGAAAAACAGCAUUCAAACAUGUGAUGUUUUAUUUUAUGCCUAUUGCACAGUAGCUAUGGCGAAUCUAGACAGCAUACUAAAAAGCAGAGACAUCACCCUGCCAACAAAAGUGCGUAUAGUCCAGGCCAUGGUUUUCCCAGUUGCAAUGU